AUGAGCAGGCAGCUGAGACUUCCCAGAGAUGUGGGUGGCCAGGCCAGGUGUGGCCAACACCAAGCCGUUCAGAAGCUGUUCUGUGAAGAUGAUUUCAGCCCACUCUGUGUCUCGUGCUUACUCCCUCAAGAACACGAAGGUCAUCGUGUGUAUCCCCUGGAAGAGUCUGCGGAGACCUGCAAGGCACAGCUGCAGGAAGCCCUUGGCCAGGCCUGGGAUAAGGCAAGAGAGGCUCACAUGUUGUUGGAGCAGGAGAGAGAAAGGAGGCUGAGGUGCCGGAGGGAGGCUGCCACUCUGAAGCGGGUCAUCUUGCCAGAAUAUAUCAAGACCCACCUUGUGUGGACAGAGGACCAACAACAGGAUCUCCUGGACAAGGAAAAGAGAAGGAAUGUGAAGAGAUUAUGGACCAGUGAGGCCAGAAUCUCCAAGUAUGUCCAAAGCCUCAGGAAGCUGAUUGAGGAGCUCGACAAGACUUUGGAGCAGCCCCUGGUGGAGAUGCUCCUGGCUGGGAGGACCACUUUGGAAAGGAGUCGGGAGCUGCUGCUUCGGUGUCCAGAGCCUGCUGCCCUACGCUGGACUCUGUGUGGAACCACUGGAAUGAGGGAGCUCCUACUGGCCUUCCAGAGCCACAUCCUUCUGGAUCCGGGAACAGCCCAUUCCUAUCUCAGCAUCUCUGGAGAUCUGAAGAGCGUGAGGCUUGCUAGCCAUUGGUGGGACCUUCUGGACAACCAGCAAGAAGAGGUGGAUCGUCUUGUUUGUGUGCUGGGUGCUCAGAGCUUCACCUCAGGGAGCCAUUAUUGGGAGGUAGAGGUAAGAAGCAAGACAGAGUGGGAAGUGGGCAUCUGUACAGGGCCAGGAAACAACCAGGGCAGCAUCCAUGGGGAUGUGCUCUCCCUCUCUUGCCUCAACAUGGGAGAACAAUUUGAACUGUGGAUCUCUCACACCAUGGAAGACCCUGAGGAUACAGGACCCCUGCACAGGCUGGGCAUUUUCCUCCAAUACGAAGGGGGACACCUGUCAUUUUACAAUGUGACCCAGGGCUGCCUGAUCUACGCCUUUCCCCCGGUCACCUUCCAAGGUCCUCUCAGGCCUUUCUUCUCCCUUGGCCUGCUGCAGGAGGAGAAUCAGCCCAUCCCUCUCACCAUCUGUCCACUGAGCCCUCAUCCCUGA